UUUGCGCCGACGAAUUCCCAAUUUUGGCUUCAUUAAAGUAUGGUAUGUCGUCCGCCCCACUUCUCUCGUUUUCGCUGCUGGACAGGUGGAAGCGCCAUCUCCCGAGUGACACAAGAAGACGCGGCGACGAUGGAGCAGGCACCGCACAUCACAUACGCCAUGCCAAACUCGAGCCAGUUGGAGCUUGACUCCCUUGAAGAGCUGGACGAGUUCGACUACGACCCCAACUUCUUUGACGGUACGGGUCUUGGGUGCGGAUGGCGACUGAUGAGCGGUGUUCCAGGAAUCACAUUCACCAAGAACGAAAGCGAUCUGAAACUUGCCGGCGCCAUCGCUGACGCACGAGCAUACCCCGACUCCCCAUCUCCGUCCCUCACAGGCUACACCUCUGAAGAAUCGGGGUAUGCGUCCAACUUGAGUACUGACGACCACCAGCAUGGGGGUAAGUGGAGCCCCACCUCCGACACGUCGACCGCGUCCAAGCGUACGAUCAACGACGGCAUGAUGACCAACGGCAAGACGUCCAUGUUUCGCGGCGUGACUCGCACGAGCAAGACCGCGUGGGGUGCCAAGUACAGCUCCAAGCGCAUCGUCAACACGUGCAAGUCCGAAGAAGAAGCUGCGCGCAAGUACGACGAGUACUUGAAGCUCCACGUCUCGGACAAGUACCUCAAAUACGCCAACUUUUGCCCGACGUGCGAUAAAUACACCAACUCCCUUGGGCUGCCGUGGACGAUGAAGGAGUGCCAGUGCACUGGCGCGAGCACGUCCGUGGUCGACAUUCCGCCGCUCUAUCUUGCCGCGACACCAUCUACCAAUGGCGGCGGGGCCACUGCGUGCCCUCACCUCCCUGCCCCAACGCCAGUGUCUGCUUACUGCCCCCAUGAAUCCGACAACCUGGACGAGCAGACCCUGGCUGACUUGCUCAAAGACGAGCCGGCGGACUUGCUGCCGUCGUCGUACUUCGAUCAAGAGUUGAACAUCAAGAACGAACCGACGUCGGUGACCCCGGCAGUCAUGAUGCUGCACACGUCGUCGUCUCUGCCGGACGACGAGGUCCUGAGCGCCAUCCUGAACGCCCCGGCAUCGUCCAACCUGUUUGGCUCGUUCCAAGGCAGCUUGGACAAUGGCGGCAGCUCGUCCCAAGUCCCUUCGGUGUCCAACGAGCACUCCCUCGUCUGUGCCACCGACAGCAGCGCACUGUCCGUGAAGAUGGAGACGUACUUUUUGCGCAAGUACUUUCGAAACGAUCGCAAGAACUUGCAGUGCUUUCCGUACUGCCGCGAGCACGGCAACUACUUUGAGGCCAAGAUGAACGGCCUCGAGCAUACAGGCAAGGGCGUGUGCCGCGCGCCGGUCAAAGCCAAGCUGUUUCAUUCUGGAACGUUGCCGUCGAACGUGGUCGUGUUGGCGCGGUGCCAGCGCAAGUUGCAGCCACUCGCACUCCCAUCGGUCCUCACGUCCUCUCAAGUACAAGAUCUCCAAGCGGCGACGUGGGUGCGCGGCACAACAAGUGACACCACGUCUACCGACACGACCGUGUACUUUUUGCCCGAAGUGUGGAAGUUUGACGGCGAACUUCCCAAGAAACGCCGCCUCCAUGACGACACCGACGACGACGACUUGCAGUACUGCGUGCACGUCGAAGUGUUUUGCAGCCGCGACGGAGGCGUCGAGUACACCAAGGUCGCGUCCACGGACUCCAACUUGUUUGACAUCCAGUCGACGCGCACGCUGCUGCGCCAGAAGCAGCGCAAGGACGACUCGCGCGACAUGCAGAUUGGCGUGCCCGAGAAGAAAAAGCUCAAGAUCCUCGUCGUCCAAAACCAGCGCAUGGAGCGCGCCGGGUCGAAUGUGUUUGAGGCAUCGCCUACCGCGUCGGCCCCGUCGUCCAAGUUGUCUGCGUGGGCCGCCAGCGACAGCGACGUUGCGCUGCUUGUGGAGCUGGACUUGGAGAAGGACAUUUUGUGGUCGGCCCCCGGCGAACCGAUCGAAGACUUGACCACUCCAUCGGACCCGGCCGUCGAUGGCAACUCCCGCGUGUCGACUGGCCAGUUCGACGCGCCGGUGGUCGCAAGCACGUACGCCACAGUGCAGACGCCGACGAACAAACCGACAGAGCGUUCGUCGGGUGCGUUGUCGUGGAAGGAGCGCUUUGUCGUUGGCCCAUGCACAUAUUCCUUCGUCAGUCUCCCCCUUGGCCUUCUCUUCAUGGUGCUUCACGUUAUGCUGCUCCCGUUCAUGUGGGCUGGCCGUCCAAUCCUCCAUCUCGCGGACGGCGCGGCGGAUUUGGAUUUGUAUUUGGCCAACUCGUUGAGUCCACCCAACGAGCCUCAUGCCCCGCUCAAGCGUCUUGCCGACAGCUCGGCGCUCCUCGGUCGCGUCGGGUACUACGUCGUCGUCAAGGUGCCCGUGUCGCUGGUCGGGUUUGUUGCAUCGUUUGCACUGUUGGUGCUGGCACUGGUGACGGUCGCGAUCCCGCCCGUGUCCCGAUCCAUGUAUGUCGCUUCCAAUUCCAGCGCGAUGCUCGUGGUCGACGGGUGCAAAAGCGCAUGCGGCCAGAAGCCGCACGCGCCUCCAACUGCGCCCCGACGAGAUGACGUCGUGUAACCUUUCCCCUCCACACCACUCGAUAGAAUCCCCCUAGGUCCAUCUCUGAAUUUAAAUAUAUAUAUAUCUAUGAAUCGUGCCAGACA